AUGUCGACUUCUGCCCGCCGUCGUCUCAUGCGAGACUUUAAGCGCAUGCAAACCGAUCCUCCCGCUGGUGUUUCUGCCUCGCCCGUUGCUGACAAUGUUAUGACAUGGAAUGCUGUCAUUAUUGGCCCCGCAGACACACCUUUUGAGGAUGGUACCUUUCGCUUGGUGAUGAACUUUGAGGAGCAAUACCCCAACAAACCACCUGGUGUCAAAUUUAUUAGCCAGAUGUUUCAUCCCAAUGUAUAUGGCACUGGUGAACUCUGCUUGGACAUUCUUCAAAACCGCUGGAGCCCGACAUACGAUGUGGCGGCUAUUUUGACCAGUAUCCAGAGUCUACUCAACGACCCUAACACUUCCUCGCCUGCGAACGUUGAAGCCUCCAACCUUUACAAGGACAACCGCAAAGAAUACAUCAAGCGUGUUCGGGAGACCGUGGAGAAGAGUUGGGAGGACUAA